CUCAGCCUCAGCACACAGGGUAGCAGGUGCAGUGGACUUGGAGCAGGACAACUCACUGGAAAGGAAACGACAUGGCUUCUAUCAAGGUGGCGCUGGCUGUGUGCUGUCUGUUGGCGGCUACUUCGGUCCGCGCGGCGCUGCUGCCCUCUGGCAACACGGGCUUCAGCCGAGGCAGCACCACCGGAGGCGGCAACGGCUACGGCGGCGCCGCGCCCCCAGCCGGCGGCUUCGGCGGACCCAGCGGCGGUGACAAUGGCGCUCCGCAGCCGUACAACUUCCAGUACGAGGUUCGCGACCCGGAGAGCGGCAACGACUACAGCCAGCAGGAGAGCAGCGACGGGCAGACGGUGACGGGCCAGUUCCAGGUGCUGCUGCCCGACGGCCGCAACCAGAUCGUGCGCUACUCGGCCAGCGACGCCACCGGCUUCGUGGCUGACGUGCAGUACGACGGCGGCAGCCCCGGCGGCGCCCCCGGAGGCGUCUACCUGCCCCCCGGUCGCAAGUAG